CGUUCCGUUCAGUACGCGUUUGGACGCACCAGUGGACGGUCGGGCAAAACCAACUCUUCCGCCGCAGGACGCUCACAGCACAGGCACAGGAUUUUCGCGACGAGUGCUAUCCAAGGUCGGUCGGUUUUGUGGUGGAACAAACGGGGUGAAAAGUGCACUCAAUUUACGGCCACUGUUUAAAAAGAUUCCAGCCUUCACUGUGCAGGUGUGUUUUACGGCUUGCUCGACAAAUAAACGUUUCCUCGCGUUAGCUCGCGUUAGCAGGUGCAACUCAGCGAGCAGGGGAGAAGUUCAACACCAAAACCCCCAUCGAAAGCGCAUUUGAAAGAGAUGAGUUAUGAAUUAAACACCGCCGAAGGUGUGUAAACGCGCGGCAAUGUAAAUGCGUCCCGUUGCGUUGCCUGUGGCCUGUGGUGAGUGAGUCCGUCCAUCGCAGCAGCCACAGCACACCGGGUGUGUGUGUGUGCAAUGGUAAUAAAAAUCACUACACCGGGUGGUCGGCGGACUUGUGUUUGUUUGUGUUUUGUGGCGAGAUUCAUGCUGCUGAGUAGCUCCCAAGCCGAUAUCGAAUGAUUCAAUAUCUCCACUGCAGCUCGGAGCGGUAAGGUUGCGGAACGGGCAAAGGGAGGUCACAUUGUAUCGAUACCACCCGCCGCCAUCGAUUCCGUUGGAAAGACAUUUUAAUGAGAUUCGGAAGCAUCUUUCUGUCUGUCUGCGUCUCCGUCGCCGUCAGCGUCGUGUAGGAGAGGUGUGCUAAAAAUAAUUCGCAAACAUCACCCGUGCUUCCGAUCGGACAUUUUAGCUUGACUUUGUUAAACAAGGCCGUAGAGGUACUCACCGGUUAAAAUUGGUGUCGAUGCGUAGUCGAUGCGGCGACAAGUUAGCAAACAGCGCAGCGAGCAAACAGUCACAGCAGGAAAACAGUACGGCACACAGUGAUCAUUGUGACAGUAGGUGGAACAGGAAAAAAACCUCAGGAAAGUGAACAGUUUUCUGAAUAAAUUUAACCCCCCACAGUUGUGGCCGGAGAGAAGUAAGACUCUUGUUGCGCGCACACGAAGGGCUCGUUUGCUGUGGCGUCGUCCCAAGGGUGAAAUCUGAAAAUUGGAAUGCGAAUGCAAACUGCCUCUCAUGCAGUGAAGAUACCGAGAUACAGUACGGUGUUAUCGCGAUAGUUAGUCAGAGAUAGAGAAGAAAAAGUGGCCUGUGAAAGUGAAGUGUCCAUCCGGUGUGGGCGAGUGAACACAUCGUCUAAUCGGAAGUGACUGUGUGUCCGACAUUUGCGAAAGUAACGUAGCAUUGGAUGCGACGGAACGAGUGUAAAGCGCUGCAACUGGACCACAGGUCUCUUUUGUAGCUAGCAAACAGACAACUUUUACAGCGUAGCCGUGUGUGAGUGUGUGAUUGGGGGGAAAAGCGGACAUGCUUUCUGUUGUGGAAUAAAUUAGGAAAUCUGCACCGAGCCAACUCCGACCUCCGCCAACUAUGGACUGGAACGGUACGACGAGCGGUACGGUCGAUCUGCUCGUGUCCGCCGGCACGGCUGCCCUAUCGACGCUAGCGCCCGGCACGGAGCUGCCAACGGAACUGCUCGCACUGUCCACCAACGGGACGGGAGCGGGAACGAACGGCACCACCACCAGCAGCAGCAGCACCACCACCAGCACCGGCAUGACAGUGACCGCGAGCGACAUAACGAUAGCGUCCGCCGCCCACUACCACGGCGGCAUACCGUUUCCGUCCGAGCUGCUCACCUUCCUGCGGCAGACCACCACGAUCGCUUCGUCCUCGUCGUCCGCCGCCGCCGCCGCCUCGAUGCCUCCGCUGGGUGUGACGAAUUUUUCCACCUUUCUCAGCAACAUUACGCUGCGCGCGUUGACGGCAUCGGCGGCGGCCGCUGCGACCGGUGGCACCAGCGGUCCGAGCGGCCCGAGCGGUACGAGCACGGCCGAGUUCACCGCCAACCUUUCGCGCCGAUUUCCGCACCAUCCGUUCUUCAGUACCUUCUUCAACGAUUCCGCCCUGGACAUUUGUCCCUCGAUCCAGAUGCCGGUGGGGAAUGUGAUUUCCAUGAUACUGUACGCGCUGGUCGCGAUUGUGGGGCUGUUCGGCAACACGCUCGUCAUUUACGUGGUGCUGCGCUUUUCCAAAAUGCAAACCGUCACGAACAUGUACAUCCUGAAUCUGGCCAUCGCCGACCAGUGCUUUCUGAUUGGCAUCCCGUUCCUGAUCACCACGAUGCACCUGGGCGAGUGGACGUUCGGCAACGCGAUGUGCAAGGCGUACAUGGUGUCCACCUCCAUCACGCAGUUCACCUCGUCCAUCUUUCUGUUCAUCAUGUCCGCCGACCGGUACAUUGCCGUGUGCCAUCCGAUCUCGUCGCCCCGCUUCCGGACGCCGCUCGUGUCGAAGGUGGUGUCGGCGAUCGCGUGGACAGCGUCCGCCCUCAUCAUGCUGCCGGUGAUGCUGUACGCGAACACGAUCGCGCGCGAAAAGGACAAGAUGUCGUGCAACAUCAUGUGGCCGUCCGAGACGGGCGCGAACUCGGGCUCCACCUUCACGCUCUACUCGCUCAUACUGGGCUUCGCGAUCCCGCUCACGCUGAUCCUGAUGUUCUACUAUCUGGUGAUACGCAAGCUGCGCACCGUCGGACCGAAGUCCAAGUCGAAGGAGAAGAAGCGGUCGCACCGGAAGGUGACGAAGCUGGUGCUGACCGUCAUCACCGUGUACGUGCUGUGCUGGCUGCCGUACUGGAUCUCGCAGGUGGCGCUGAUCAACUCGCCGCCCGACAUCUGCAAGUCGCGGCUGGAGAUUACCGUGUUCGUGCUGGUGAGCUGGCUCGGCUACAGCAACAGCGCGAUGAACCCGAUCCUGUACGCCUUCCUGAGCGACAACUUUAAGAAAAGCUUCCUGAAGGCGUGCACGUGCGCGAAGGGGAAGGAGAUCAACGCCCAGCUGCAGAUCGAGAACAGCUUCUUCCCGCGGUUCGUGCGCAACCGGGGCUCCGAGCGGGGCAACUCCACCAAGGUGCUGCAGUCGAACAACCGGAAUAAUCGGGCGCCGGAUGCCGGGGGCCAUCAGCAGCAGCAGCAGCAGCAGCAGCAACAGCAGCAACAUCAACAGCAACAGGCACACCAACAGACAAACGAUGCCCUUGCCCACAACAACAAUGUGUGCAAUGUGAACAACAACAGCUCCCAGGCCAGCACGGUCAAUGGGAAAGGUGGCAACGGUGGCAGCGGCAGCUUGCAAAAUGGCUCCUCCAUCGCCAUGCCGUACGGUGGUGGAGGGAUGAGCUCGGAUCAAAGCUCCAUCGUGCGUGGCUGCGGCCCAUCAACGAGCGUAACGACCAUCCAGUCGUCCCAGUGCGGCGCACCGCCCAUAGCGAGCCGGGUGGUGGAGGGAGGCAAUGAUAGGUCGGGUGGUGUCUCCGACCCCGCUUACUGCCGGCCCCCGGUGCUCCACACCGAUCUGUAGAGCGUUGCACGGAGAGAUAUACUCGGGAACUGGGAGUUGGAAUUGGACAGCCAGCGGAGCGUGGACCAGCCGGACCCUUCCGGGAGAUAUAGCUAUUUUUUCCCUCUCCUGCUUCGACGAGUGCAGUACAGCCGAACGCGAUGGAACGCGAGCCCCUUCAUCGGGAUGGAAAUGGAUCAUAAGCAGCAGCAGCAGGAGAAUCAGGAGAGACGAGCGGAAGUGAUUUGUGUACAUACGAACUGACAAAAAAGGGCUGAUUGAACAUGGGUGGAGCGAGUAAGUCAUUAAGGACGAGGAGUUGCCGAGCGUCAUACGAGAAAACAAACACAAAUAUCAAACACUUAUAGAUAGCGUUAAGGCCUCUUGAGCCCAUUUGAAGCGCCAGUGAAGGGUAAUGGUUUUAUUUUAAGCUAAUGCGUGUGAAGGCUUCAGGUAGGCUAACAACUAAAAUCAAAACAUAAUCAAACAGCUACCAAAGAAAAACAAACCAACCGUGCGAGAUGGCUCGCCCGAACCGAACUGCAUCCAGCAUGGCAAGCCCAUCCAGAAACUAACGUUGAGUCCAUAAUUCCGUUCCAGAAAACAAAUUUAAACAAGAUUGAAUCACAGUAGGACAGACAACGGUGCGUAAGCAAAGCCUUGCGACAAGGUGUUGCAAAAAUGGUAGCUAACGAGAUCUGAUUAAACUUACUCUACUCUAUACACGAAUUAGAAUUGCCUGUUCGAUUUUAGUCGCUCCUAUCACGUGGGAUAUUUGCGCCUAGAAUCAUGCAAACUGCACAGCACCACUACACGGUUAAGAGAUCUCGUUCGCUAACGGUUUGCGGCCAUCUUGUGGUGGAACUUUCCGAGCUUGCCUAUACAGACGGUUCAAAGAAGGAAGCUUAAAGCUGACGAACCCGCUCCCGGUAAAAAGGGCCACACUAAAUUGAGAGCCCUGUUUAGUGUAGCGCUUUCGGGUAGGGUGGAAGGGUAGGGCGUUACAGGCCUGUUGGGCUGUAGCAGGAAAGGAAAGUGAGCCAGAGGCAUGUUUCGGCAAGGUAUACAACCAUCCGUUCCGAUGAAACUAACUCUUUCAUCGUCAAUUUAAAGUAAUUAUCCUUACGACGAACAUAAUUCUUAUUCAAUCUAGGGCUUAGGUUAUACGGAAGCUAUGGGGGAAAAAGGGGAAAGGGGUUAUUUGUGUGGGAGCAAAAGCAAAGGGUUUUGAACCGAAAGUGGCCGCGGUUCGCAACGAAGGAAUGAUACGAGUAACAAAACAACAUUAGACUACGAACGAAGUGAUAAUUGUAUAGUUUUAAAACCAAAAUCGCCACAAACCCACACACGCAACUAUAUUUCACUCUAACAAUCCUUAAAACUUGUAGGAACUGGGCGCCAUAGUGUCGGGGCGCCAUUACGCUACUUUUCCAACCACUUUCAAAUUGCGCGCACCUUCUAGGAAUCAGCCAGGGGCAAAACGCGACGGCAGUGUGAAUUAUUCUUCUAAAGUUGAGUACACCAAUAAAAAACGAAAAAGGGUGAAUAAUAAAUCGAAAAACUGU